AUGGUCCGCCACACUUUCGAGACAGCACGGGUCGGAGAUCUGUCGACGUACGAAGGCCUGAACACCGCCCGAGGCAGAGCCAGGUUCAUCGUCCUCGUCGUGGACUACAUGACAUACCUCAAGUCAGACCCGGCCGCGCGACCGGACUGGGACGAGACGGAGGGACGGCAGACGGCGAGCGCGUUUCUCAAGCUGAUCAACAACGACCGCGCCUGGCCGUUCGCCCGACAAGUCGUCCGAGACUUCCAGAGCCCGGUGUGA